AUGGAGUUGCAUUGUCAAAUUUUGUUGUACUUUGAUAAAAAAGAUUUCUUAUUUGAUAUGAGUAAUACCUGUGAUGAAUUCAUAAAACAACUGAAUGAGAAAACUAUAAGUAAAUAUCCUCCAUGUAGACAUCUAAUGGAAUUGGAUAUUAUAGAAUUGCUUGAUAAAUACCCUGAAAUUGGACUAAUUCUGUUAAAAGAACCAUAUAAAUGGCAAGCGGUCUGUAAUGACAUUUUAUUUGCAUGUUUACAAUCGUCAGAUAAUGUAUGGGUUCAAUAUGUAGUGUUAACACAAGUUGCAGUAACUUUAAGAUUGAUGUGUGUACCAAGUUUACUUAUUAAUCCAAAUCCCCGACAUUAUAAAGGACUGGUAUUAAUCGAAGGAUUGUUAUUAUCUGUUUCUAAACCAGAAAGUUAUGCCUAUCAUACUGUUUGGUCUUGUCCUCAAGAGUGUGAAGGUAAUGAAACUGUUAUACAAUAUAUACCAAAAAUACCUCCAAAAUGCUAUGUUUGCAAAAGUGUACUCUUCGAAAACAGUGGACUUAGAAGAUGUGGCGAGCAAGUAAUAGCUGUAUUGAAAAUAAAAAAUGAUAUAUUGCUGAAACGCUUUACAGUUAGGGAUGAUUUAAUUUCAAAACUAAAACUCGGCAGCACAUACAUUCUGCAUGCAGUGAUAACAAAAAAACUUUCAACUGUGUGGUCUCUUGAAGAAAUAGUUCCUAUGCCUUUGUUAAUGACGUUGGCUGUUCCUAAAGACAUUGAAGAAGUGUAUCAAAUAUGUGAAGCUGUACCAUGGGAAUUUAUAUAUUGUCUUUCGUCAAGUAUUGGAGUAAACAUUUGUCCUUUAAAUUGUUACAUGAAUCUGAAAAUAAAUUUGCUAUUAAGUUUGACCAGUGUGAAAGCAAAUGUCCUGAAUAAUUCACAUAUUAUUCAUGUUUUUGCUGUCGGUUAUGAUACAGGGUUUGUUGGAAAGAUAAUGUUAGAAGCUGCAAAAUUAGCUCACAGAUACUUGAACUUGGGGACUGUUAAUUCCACAGUAACUGCAACAUUACUAGGAUCUUCAGGUGGUAUUUGUUUAAUGCCAUUGCCGUUUCAAGUUUAUAACCAAAAGCAAAUAUCUUCUCUUCUGUCAGCAAUGGAAUCAGGAGAAAUAAUCACUGACACAGAUCGAGGGAAACUUCAGUGUGCAGUUUGGGCGCAAGGAGCGGAUAAUAAGAAAGCUAUUUUAUAUAAUGUGACUAGUAUAUUUGGAAUGGUUAGUAGGGGUGAUUAUGGAAAGUAUAACGAUAAAAUUGUAGACUUUCUUCUGCAAAACGCUAUAGUGCCUUCAACUGACAAUUUUGAAGAAAUACAAGCAUUAAAAGAUGUUGCAUUAUAUAUAGACUCAAUAGCUGGAUUACAAGUUUCGUUAGAUAAUGACUGCGAAAAUCUCUUAAGAGAUUAUUUUUUGGCAUCUCGCAAGGAAAGACCCAGAAUUGUGUCAGCAAGGACAAUGAAAGCUUUAGUUGCAGUUUGUCUCAAUUCUGCGAGGCUGUGUCGGCGUCCCGUGGCAUCAACUGAUGACGCAAUAUUCGCGAUUUGGUUACACGUGAGUGGCAGCCCGGAACCAAGAAUCGCUCCAGAUGAAUACUUAGAAACACCAUCCGAUAUAAAGAAGUUAAAAAAGAUUUUUAAUAAUUUUAAAAUCUGGUUACAGGAUUUUACUGGCAAUUGUUUACUUUAAGUUAUGAAUAAAUAUUAU